AAACUGGGCUGCCAAUCACUCAGCUCGUGUGUUAGAGAGAGUAUUCAGCCAAAAGGCCAGGUGAUGACUUCAAGACAGUCUGUCGACUUGAAAAAAGUGAUAAAUCAGCGAGCACAACUCUUUUAUCAUGAUGUUCAUAGAUCCGAUAUCAAAAAACCGGUAAAAUGGAUUCAAGAGCUGAAAGUCAUGGAAAUUGAACGGAUUGAUGCUACUUAUGUACUUGUCACCACCAAUGAAACGAAGGUCGAGCAAAUAUCUUCUUGUAUAGUAGAGGAUGCACGGAAUAAGUCUUGGACUUUAUAUGUUACACCUGGUGAACCUGAUUAUCUAGAUAUUGCUUCACACUUGGGACAAAAUAUAUUUAAGAAAUCAAAAUGGAAAGAUAUCUCACAUUUGGCCAUGCUUUUGACAACUCCGUUGUUAAGUUUGAAGCGUAAAGGGUAUCCCGUUGAUCGUAUACUGGCAAGUUACAAAAUACCAGUUCGCGUUGCUGAUAAAUCCUCACCGCCGAAAUCCUCACCGCGAUUAGUAGAAAAAACUAGUUCCUCGACUUCGCCUGUGGAAAUUGAAAAACUCGUUAAACAACUGCAAGACACGUACCCAGAUUGUGAUCCGGCUUUCAUUCGUCAACUUCUCGCCAAAGAAAAAUUUGAUUUGAAUAAGGUAGCUAACAAUUUAGCAGAUACCAAUUAUCCAAAAAUUUCGAAAACUCCUCUUCAUGGUUCUAACAAUAACGAUGGUGAUGAUGGGUCAAAGAAUAAUGUAUGGAAUUUAUUUGAAAAGAUGAAAUCUAUUUCAAACUAUGUUACCUCACCGAACGGUGUUAGCGGUCAGGUUCCUGUUCAACCUCAGCAGGUGGUUGAGUCAAAAUCUUCGGUCGGUGAAUUACCGCCCAUUACCAAACCAAUUGAAGUUAAUCCUAAGACCACCAAAAAUCUGCACAAUGCGCUUCGUGAAGCGGUCAAAUCAAGCCGUUCGAAUUCGGGAAGUGUCAUUGAUAGUCAGGCAACGGUGAAUGUUGUUACUGAAAGUCAGACAAGCUAUUGUGACGUUUUGCCAGGUCAUUCUCUUAUCUGCAUUGGCAUAAACAACGGAAUUGAGCUAUAUAUCGCUAAAGGCUUAGAUCCAUCUGAAAUUAAUAGCGGGGCGAGAUCCAAGUCCUUAACUCGAUUUGUUAAUAUUCUCAGGGAUCUUUGUGAGGUGUUUGAACUUCAACCGAAGGCAGUUCAUAUCUUCUAUGAUAACAACUCAAAUUCAAUUGCUUUCAACCGGGGAAGAGCUUUAUUCUUCAACUUUAGGUUUUACCUUGGGUUACACAACGAUGAGGAUAGCGACGUUACAUCCAGCGAAACUUUCACCUAUUGGUACAUGACGUUUUGUCACGAGCUAGCGCAUAAUUUUAUCGCACCACAUAAUUCGGAACACGAAUACUACUUUUCUUCCUUCGCCGAGUCUUAUAUGUCAAGUUUUCUAAUUAAAAUGAAAAAACUUGGGAUUAUUUAA